AUGGAGGUGGAGGUGGAGAUGGAGGUGGUGGUUAUGGAGGGGGCGGGCGGCAUAAAGGUGGUGGUGGUUAUGGAGGGGGCGACUACGAAGGUGGUGGCAGUGGCGGAUGUGGAGGUGGGGUUGGUGAAGAUGGAGGUGGGGUUGGUGAAGAUGGAGGUGGAGAUGGGGUUGUUUAAAAGUUUAGUAGCAUUUGCUUUAGGUUUUAGUGAUAUUCCAGAUUCUGUAUUUGUUGAAUAUAUUGAUGAGAAGUGGAGUGGUGAUGGCUCCUCGAUUCUCCCCUCUGAUCCUUAUGAUCGCGCUGUUGCGCGAUUCUGGGCUGCGUAUUUUGAUGACAAGGUGGUUCCAGUGAUCUUCAAGCUGAGUUUUGGUCCAGAGAGCGAAAGGGUGGCGUUGAUAGAGCAGACAGCGGAAGGAUUGGUGCCGCUGGAGGAGGCUUUCAAGACAUGUAGCAAAGGGAAGAGCUACUUCGGGGGAGAUAACAUUGGUUACACUGAUAUCGCUCUUGGAAGCUUCAUUGGAUGGAUCAAGGCAAUCGAGAAAAUGAGUGGCAUCAAGGUUCUGGCUGAGGCUAAAACACCGGGCCUCGUCGGAUGGGUGACCAAGUUCCUGUCGACUGAUGCUGCUAAGAAAUUUGUUCCGGAACCUGAAGUGUAUGUUGACCUUCUUAAGAAGAUGCAGGCUUGA